GGCAGGCGGAGUCGGACUCAGUCGGAGUGGAUGAGUUCGGUGGUGCGGAUUGGUGUGGUUAUUUUGUCGGCUGCCAUAGUUAGUUUGGUCGUCAAGUUUUUUAUGUCAUCCACAGCCGUUCUCUUCCUUCUGUUUCAUCUGAUCCUAUAAAACGAGUUCAUUACUUAUCAAUAAGUGUUCUAGUGUUCAUUUUCGUGUCUGUUUGGUUGCUAAGACUUGAGUGCUGCAGUGUAGAUUCUUCAAACCCACAAGAGGUUGAUAGGAAGGACUUUCAUCAUUGAUGCACCAGGCCUACAUAACAACAGUUUUUGGAACACCUGUUUUCUCUGAUGCAAACAAGAUAAAAGUGUUGAAGACAUGUCAACUCAGUGCAAAAUCAUUUGUUGGAAUGGAUAACAAUAAGCUUCUCUAAGUAGUCGUCUACCCACUUCAUAAUGCCCCAGUUGCAAGAUAGCCCACUUCUUACUUUGUCCCAGAACUGCGUGGCCCGCGCUCUCUAUGACAACAUCGCCGAGUCUCCGGACGAGUUGGCGUUUCGUCGCGGCGACGUGCUGACGGUCCUGGAGCAGAACACGGCGGGCAUAGAGGGAUGGUGGUUGUGUGCGCUGAGGGGCAGACAGGGUAUCUGCCCGGGCAACAGGCUGCGGUUGCUGCCCGGCGUGUACGAUCCUGCCCAGCAGGAGCUCAACUCGCUCAACACGCUGCAGCGCCAGGGGAAACGGCGCAGUUGGCACGUGCAACCCAACAAGGUUUUGACUCCACAAAAGUUUGGAGACGUGUACUUGUACGAUCUCCCGGCCAACAGACAGUCCCAGUCACCCGUGGGACAGCCGAGGUACGAUGUUCCUCCCACCACCCACACCCUCGCACUCACACCUGAGAGUCAAGGUAGGUUGUCACGGACAGACAGCCGAGGCAGUGACAGCUAUGAUGUGCCGCCGCAGCCGACCCCUGUCACCCUGGUGUCAGUUGGGGAGAGUUACGACGUACCUCGUCCUCUCGUACCUCCCCUCACCCCCUCCUCGUCUCUCUCCUCCCUAACGACGGAUUCGCUGAGUGCCGGCAGCAACAGGUCCAGUCUGGCGCAGGAGUAUGAUGUUCCUCGACCUCGACCCGGACCCCAGCCACUGCUUCAGCAACAGCAGGUGUACGACGUGCCUCCACCAAACCCUGUGCCACGAGAGCUGCCUCUAGAGCUGUCGUCUGCACUGGACUGUCUGGAGAGGUUGGAGUCAGAGGCUGCCACAGCUGUGUGUCGUCUGCUAGCGUUCGUCACACCUGGCUGGCGCACCAGGGAGGCGCUGGAGCCCAGAUUGCUGGAUAUCAAGCUGGCUGUGGUGAGGCUCCGCACAGCUGUUCACGACCUGGCUCAGUUCACAGAGGCCGCUCUUGGCAACGCUGCCAAGGCUCCAGACAAAGGCCUAGUGGUGAAGCUGCGUCCGCUGGUGUCUGCGCUGAGACAGGCCGACACUCUCGUGUGUGAAGUCUCCACGCAGCUAGAGUCUACGCAGUGGUCGCUAGAAGUGCUUUGUCGGCCAGAAGACACGGGGGUUUCCCCGACCCCUCCUGACUCCUUGGAUCAGCUGGUCGCUUGUGCUCGGGCCUUGACAGACGACGUGCGACAGGCCACCUCCUUCAUACAGGGAAACGCAACACUAUUGUUCAAAAGAGGUUCGUCGCCAAGCGGUGAGUGGAUGGAAGACUACGACUACGUCAAUCUAGAGAGCAAGGAUGCAGUAGCAAGGCAGAAUGCAGAGAUACGGGAGGCGUUGCCCGUGGAGCUGCGCAAGUCUUACGACGCUAUUGUACAGGAGGCGGAGAAAAUGGCAAUCAGUGACAAGAAACUAGACGAUGGAAUUGACCCUUCGGAUAUGCAGGUGUUGGCGUUCUACUCAGCGCAGUGCACAACUCACGCGGCACACCUUACUCACGCGAUAGAUGCGUUCCUGCAGACCGUGGAACACAAUCAACCGCCCAAGGUGUUCUUAGCUCAUGGCAAGUUUGUUGUGUUGAGUGCCCACAAGCUGGUACACAUUGGGGACACAGUGCACCGCAACGUUACACGUUCUGAUGUGCGUACACGGGUCCUGGCGUGUGCCAACGCGCUCAGCGAGGCCCUGGCUGCAACUGUACACAAGACCAAACGCGCUGCGCAGCAGUUCCCGAGUGUCACUGCGGUUCAAGAGAUGGUCGAUUCUGUCGUAGACAUUUCACACCUCGCAAGGGAUCUCAAAAUGAGUUUAAAAUUUGCAACUCAGUAAAAAACUAUUUUUAGACUUAGUUAUGAUCCCAGUGGUACUUAAAAUCCUAGGUUGACUGUAGUAAGUUGUUCCUUUGACUUUGAAGAAUAGUUAACCUCUCAUACCCGUGUUUAAAUUAUCGCUAGAAUGAAAAUGAAUGUUGACCUGAGCCAUCGACAGUGUUGGCUGUUUUCAGUUACUGAAUUUCCGUUUUCUAACACAAACACCAGCACUUUGAACGAAAAAAAUGUUAAGGAAAGUUUGUUGUAAAUUAUAGCGUCUUUUACACCUAGUAUCGACAAAUGAGUGAUACAGUGUAUAAUGUAGACCACAUAAUGAGUUACUCAUUCUACUGUGUUUUGAAUGACAAAUUUUAUUCUGUUUAAAUAGAAUGUCUUCUAUAGUGUCCAAAAUCAAUAGUUGUUUUACACUUAAAGUGUAUUGCUGAGAUGUAUUUACGUUUAGUAUUAUCAUUACAGCUUUAAAAAUAUUUUUAAUGGCAUUGUUUCUGACCUGUCUUUAUAAAGAAAGGAUCUCGGUGUACUAGAAUGAUAUUUGUAGGGUUUAAAAAUUAAUCAAACAUUAGAUUUCUAUGUUUUAAUUUAAUAGUCAUAGGUGAUUUUUUUUUAUAAAAGAUUUGACUUUGCCAAAUAAGCUACCGUUUUUUAAACCUCGUUACAACCAGAUAGUUGACUUGUAUAUUUAUAAAUAUUACUAUAAUAAAAAUAAUACUUUAAAAUAGUGUUGACUAAAAGCUAAUAGUAUUAGGAUGAAUAUCCUUUAGUCAUUAAUAUAAUAUAGUUAGUUAUUGCUCUUUUGUUUAGAGACACACAAAACUGAACUUAUUUUAGUCUUCCCUAGCAGCACUUGUUUAUUGGUUGUGAAUAGAUAAGACUUCAUUUUAUACAAUUUACUUUUGAUCAUGAUUUUAGGGCCGUUUUGAAUUAUAAUUUACUACUGUAAAGAAAAAACACUUUUAAUCAUUUUAAAAUACUUAAGAUAAAACCCACUUAGGGUUUCUAUAAGCUUUAAUAAAAACAUUGUAGGUUAGGUUGUUUAUUUUUUUCUUGUAAACCUUAUUAGGUUAUUUAGGAAGUGUAACACAGUAGAUUUAAGUAGCUUUAAAAGUUUUGUACUUUGUCGUCAAUUUAAAAAUGUUUUCAUCAGUUUUUGUUAGGUGUUUAAAAUUUAUACUUCAUGGUCGAUUUACUUAAUUACUAUAAUUUUUAGUUGUUUUUGUUUAUUUUUUAUCCUUUUUGUUUUCAUUAUUUUGAUACUAAAAAGGUUUGUUUUAAGUUUUGUAAAGAUUUUUGUUGAAUGAUUUUGAUGUUUAUAAGUUUUUGUAUUUGUAUAGUUUAUAUUGUAUAUAUUUUUUAGAGGAUUAUUUAUUGCACUACAUUAUGUAGACUUUU